CGAAAAACAGUUUAGCUUUAGGGGGAAGUGAAAUGAAAAGAUCGAAAGAAAUUUGAAAAGGACGAUAAGAAAUAUACCGAUAUUGAAAUUAGGACAAUAAAUUCAGAAGGUGUCCGAUUACUUCAAAAGAAUCAAUAUGAUAAGGCGAUUCAAAAAUUUAAACAAGUAUUAAUUGAAUCUGAAAAGGAUAAAUACGCAUUAUGUGGAAGGUCACUUUGCCUAAAAGCUAAAGGAGAUGCUCUAGCUGCAGUUGUCGAUGCCGAAAAUGCUCUAAGACAAGAUAAAUAUUUCCCUCCAGCUUUACUUCGAAAAGCCGAAGCGCAUUAUAUACACGGAGACCUUGAACAUGCUCUAAUGUACUAUUAUAAAGGAAAUAGGCUAAGACCAAAUAUGAGCAUAUUUAAAAAUGGUAUAAAAAACUGUGAAACAGCAAUAAUAGAUAGUGUUGGAGGUUAUGUCAAUACAGAUGUUCUUAAAUCGAAUAUUUUUACUUAACUAACCUAACACCUAACUAUCUUGUUAUAGAUAAAAAAAAGACUGUUCUUGGAAAGGAAGGUUUAAUAUAUCUAAAUGAUUUGAAGCCAUUGGUUUAUAUUCUAGCAUACGAUUUUUUAUCUUCUUACCUUACUAAUUCAUUACGAUAUUCCCAGGGGCCACCGAAACCAAGAAGGGGAAAAUCAACUAAAUUUACUAAAUCUCAAUUUGGUGCUUUCUCUUUAACGAACCUUCUACUAGAGGUUUUCAUUUAUUAUCUUACUCUAUAUAUAAUUAUAGUAAUUAAAUAAAAAUCAAAAAUCAUUUGUUGCGAAUAAAAGGCUGUAUUUAAAGAAUUAAGAGUACCAAAAAUAGGAGGAAAGAACAAAAUGAUAACUAAAUUAAUGGAAGAAUUAAAUUGUGAUCGAUUGUUUUUCGAGAAUCUCGUUUCUCGGUGCGAUAUGCAUACAGAAUCUGGUAGGAAAACUUAUAAUGCUAUUUGCGACGCUCUCGAUUAUAUGGAUAAAAAACGAGGAUUUUGGCAACAAUCUAAACCAUUAUACGUAAGAUGUUGGGAAGUUGAGGGUAAGAAUGGUCCAAAGAUUGGAGAUGAUGAUAAAAUGAGACAAGCAUCGGAUGGUCAAAUUCGUUUUAUUGAAAAUGAAAUAGAAAAAAUGUCUUAUGAUCUCAACAACUCAAAACCUACUGAUUGCCUUCAAAGAGGUUUUCGUCUUUUAGAAACAACUAAAGACAGCAAUUUAUCUUCAAAUAUAAUCAAUGAAUUACUUAGUACAGUUCAUAGUUUCAUUGGAUUAAGCUACUUUGAUUUAAAACAGUUUAAUGGUGCCUUAAAGCAUCAUCAAAAAGAUCUCGAAUUAUCUACGCAAAUCAAUCACAAGAAAAAUACAUCAAGAGCCAUGGAUAAUCUUGGUCAGGUAUACGCAAGAAUGAAAAAAUACAAAAAAGCUAUUCAAAUAUUUGGAUCAAAAGAAGGAUAUAGGAAAACUCCUUUGGAGGCGGCUUGGCUAUAUCACGAGAUGGGAAGGUGUUAUUUAGAACUUGAUAAAUACGAAAUAGCUCUCACAUAUGCUAGAAAAUCUGUUGGAGCUGCAAUAAAAUGCAAUGAUUUAUCAUGGAAUAUGUACUCAGCAAUUCUAGUAGGUGAAUGUGAAGUUUGCCUUGGCAGGCUAGAGAAAGCUCUAGAAAGCUUCAGAAUAGCAUUCGAUUGCGCUUAUCGCAUUGGAAAUCAAAAAUCUAUUGUCCUUAUUCGUAAUGCAAUCAGAAAAAUUCAAAAACAAAUAGAAUUUGAAGCAGAUAUUAAUAAUUCCAAAAUAGACAAAAUUCAACCUAAAAAGAAAAGUUUAAUAAGGAAUGGAAAAUUUACGGAAUACGACGAAAUGCAGAAAUUAUCAGAAAUUACAUUUGAUAUUAUAUUUGUAAUCUUGGAAAAAUUCUUUAAAGAAUUUUAUCUAAUAAGGAAAGAGAGGAAUGUAAUUAAAACAGAUAUUGUUAAAGAAAUGACCAAUUAUAUUCAACAAGUUGCCCAAUUUAGGAAUGAAUAUAGAAAGCAUAAAUUUUUUUCAGACAUUGCCUCUAGUUUAGGUGAAUUUAUUCGUAAAUACGCUCAAGAUCUAUUACAAAAGGGUAGCGGGAAAUUGCUUGAUAAUAUCUUUGGAAUAAUUACUGGUAUUAUAAAUGAUAUAAAGGAUUUACAACCAACUGACGAAAGGAAUUCAAAACAAUUGAAAAAGUUGGCACUUGAAACGAUCUCUUUAGCUUUACAAUACGCAACACAAAGUAUUAAUACAAAUAGAAAACAGGAUAUAUGUAAUAAAAUAUAUAAAAUUAUUUUGAGCUACGGCAAACCUGGAAGUAGGCCCAUGUAUACAAAAUCAUUAGGGACCGCUGAAUAUAACGACUGUAUUAAUUCUACGGCUAAAGAUAUUGUUGAUGAAAUAUUUCGAGAAGUUACCGGAACUUUACACGACUCAAACAUUCUUGAUUUAAUUCUUCAUUGUUUUAAUAUUCUUUCCGAUAUUUUAAAGAAUAUUGUUAAGCAAAUGGAGGAUGCAUACGAUCCUAUAGUUUUACAAAUGGAAGAAAAUCCAGGCUCAAGUGAUCUUGCCAAGAUCCUUUUGUUAAAGAUAGCGAAAAAUACGUUUACUUGGAAAAUAACAGACGAUAUACCGUCUAACACUAAACAAUGCCUUGAAAAGAUAUCUAAAUCAGUUAUAGAUGAUUUACCUGAGAUUGUUAAUCAAAUUAUAACUUCCUCAGAUGCUGAAACGUACAGCUUAAUUAGCCAAGAAGUUGCACGUAAUAUAGCAGAAUUUCUUUUAAAAGAUGUAUGUACAAAUCUAUCGAAAGCUGAUAAGAAAACUAAAAAUAGCAAUGAUCAAAUUUGUUUAAUAAAGGAAUUUUAUAAAACUGUCAUUAUGAGAAUGGUUAAUGAAUUAUUUAACUGUUUAGAAAUUGAAUCAGAUAACGUUCAUGCAGAAAUUUAUAGAGAUUUGUCAUUUAGAAUUCUUCACGAAAUGGAUAAAUGUCUUUGUUCAAUUAAAGCUUUUUGUGGAUUGGAUGAUAAUGAUUACAGGGAAAUUAUUAUUGAUAUUAUUAGCGAUACUCUUCAAGAGGUAUUGAAAGUUGCUAAAGAGGAUAGUGCUAAAGGUGUACCAGUUUCUGUUGCUAAACAUGGAAUUCUUCUUCAAGAUAUUUCAUCUGCAAUUUUACAUAGUCUGCUAGAUAGAGUUAGGCAAGAAUUUUUCGAAGAUGACAAAUCUAACGUUGAAAGCGUUCAAAAAUUAUGUCAAGAUAUAGUAUUUAAGGUGCUUUUACAGUCAGCUAGAAAACUUGGAAAGUUAAGUGAGGCUGACGAUAAAUCUCAAGAAUUUAAGAUACAUUCGUCACUAAAAAGGACUCUCAUACUAUGGAAGAAAUCUAUUAAACAGGAAUUAAGUACCUGUUCAAAAGAUGUUGAACAAUUAUUAUUAGGUGAAAAAGAGCAGAUUUCUAAAAUUAAACCAAUGGAUGAUGUAAUAAAGAGAAAAAAAUCGGAUAUUACAAAAAGGAAACAAAGUGUAGAAAAGUCAAAUGUACAUUUAAAAAAGAAAUUAAGUAAAGAAAAUUUUGAAGGUCAAAAAAUUAGAAUGUCUACUGACAAGGUGAUUAAAGAUUAUAAAGGUCAUAUGGCUCCUCCGUUUGCUAAAUCUAAAGAAAAGAAAAGUCCCGAAAAAAGAGUCUCUAUAAAAGAGAAAGACAAUAGAAAAUCUAAAGAGGUACAUAAAACGAAAUCUCCUGAGGAGAAAAAAGAGAGACACGCUAGUGGACAUUCAGUAGGCUCAACUAGAAUCUCUAAAUCUGCUUCAAAAUCUGAUCCGAAUUUAAAAAAGGAUGAAAAUCUCAAGAAGGAAACAAAGCUUGAGGACAGUGAAAACUUUAAACUUUCUCAUCACGAUUUAUCAAAAGAAGAAAUAAAACAGACUGAAGAUAAACAAGAAACCUCAUUAGCUGAGCUGUUUAAAAAAGGGUCGGAUGAAUCUAGAAAAUUCAAAAUGUCUGACGUUGACAAGCCUGGUUUAGAAUUAGAAAUGGAAGAGAUGGCCUAUUUAAAAGAUAUUGGUAAAAGAGUGUCUAUAAAAUCUUCUCAUUCAAGUAGAACCUUAGCUGAAAAGAGAAAUUCGGGAACAGAUGAAGGGGCUGCUAGGACUAGUAAGAUAGAAGCUACCGAUUUAAACACUGCUCAUAGUUUAAGCACCAAAAAGUCAGCUCGAGGAAUACUUUCUCCCGAAUUAGACCAAGUUACAUCUUCUCCCAGUAAAAUAAAAGAUAAGGCGGGGAGUCUUGACGAAACAAAAUCAAAAACUCCUACUAUCUAUAAAAUUGAAUCUAAUGUAUAUCCCAACGAGAUAGAAUUAACUAUAAAACAAGAAAAUUUAGCUGAACUUUCAAAAAAGCAUGAAACACCAGUUAAAAGAUUUAAACAAACUGCAAAGACAAUAAUUAAACAAAUAGAAACUAAAAAACAUGAUGAAAUAAAUUUACAAAGAGAAAAGUCAAUUUCGAGCGGAAAAAGGUCAAAAAAAUUAUCUAAAUCUCCAAUAAAAUUAUCAAUUGAUAAAUCUGAAAAAAAAUCAGAUAGUAAAAAGACUUAUACCUGUUCUCCAAAAAGUUUAAUAAAGGAAAAUGACAAACUUUCUUCUAGUAAGAAAGAUGGACGAAAAUCUUCAACUCGAACUGAACAUUCUAAGAAAAUAUCUUUAAAGGAUACUAUAGAAACUAUGGAUAAAAAAUCAAGCAAAAAUCUUUCUUUACAAAUUAGUAAACAAGAAGAAGGUGCUUCAUCAAACCGAUCACCUGAAUCGAUUAAACACGCCGAAUCUACUAUUUCUCCGUCUGGAAAAUCUCCCAAAUCUAAUAAAAAUGAAGUUCCUUUGAAAAUAAUCAAAUCAAAACCGUCCAGUGAGCAAUUAAAGCUUUUGAGUAGUGUAAAACCAAUUGAAGAGACUGGAACGGGUCUAACGGAUCAAAAUAUUCUAAUAUCCACUGAACAGUCUCCAUUUUGGGAAAUGCGAACGUCAGACUUUAAUACUCCAGAAGAGAUUACAAGCACUGCGUCUAGUUCCGAAAAUGUUAACCAUUCUAAAAUAAACUAUCCUAUAGAAAGUGUAAAGGCUUUAGACGAGCAGCCUAUAAAUGAAUCUCAAAAUUCAGAUGACCCUCAAUUUGAACUCUCUAAAUCACCCAGAGAGCCCUUAGAUCCUAAAAUUAAUCAAAAAACUCCAAGUAGGACCUCAAUUGAGGAAUCAAACAAGUCUCUUUCCAAUAAGAGUCGCGAUUAUCUUCAGACUUCUUUUAGAGACUCGCCUGUCGAUUCUAAUCAACAAUCCACUGAAAGACAUAUCUCUGAGGAAAAACAUACCAAAGAAAGUUCAGUAGAUCAUUCAAAAGGCGUUGAAGAAUAUACAGGUAUUUUAUCAUCUGGUUCGGGUAGGGCUUGGAGUAAAUUUUCGGAAGAAGCCUCGUCGACGACAAAGGACCAAAUAGGUAGUCUCCCCAGUCAGUGCUCUUCUCCAAAGUAUUCAGUCAAGGAAAUCAAUGAAACAAGUGAAAAAGAUAUUAAAUUACAUUCUAUUAAAGAGGUUGUGAAGGAUUCAGAACCGGCUGCCUCUAAGAAAGAUGAAGAUAUGAUGGUAGUUCCUUAUGAAAAUAUAGAAAGCUUAAAACAAGAUGCAACUCAGAGUUCCGUAGAUCGAGAAUUUGUUAAAAGUAUAAAGGAAGUCGAAUCAUCUCAACAGAAAGCAGAAUUGAAAAGUGAUGGACAUGAAACGUAUUCUACUGAUCUUGAUAAUGUUAAUAGAAAAGUUAUCCCUUCUCCGAAUAUUAAACUCUCCUCAAACUCUAAAACCACAACCGAAGAGAAUAUUGAAACUCAAUCGAAGAAAAGCUUAGCUACAGAGUCGGCUAUAGAUACUUCUCCUCGACCCAGUUUAGCAUCCAUUACAGUAACCCGAGAGGAAUAUAAGCAGUCUAUAAAAACUUCAUCAGUAGAUAGUGGAGAAAUUAUUGAGUCUCCAUUAGUUUUAAAAAAAAAAUCACCCAUCGAUAUAAGUGAAGAAUUGAGGUUAGAGAGAUCUAGUAGAACGUCUCCUAUACAAUUUACCACAGAAAUUGAUACGGUCGAAGAAGAAAAGGAUCUAAAUAAACACUUAAAUCAGUCAGAAAAGAUUAAUACAUCUGGUCAUUUAAAUAAGAAGGGAUUAAAGAAAAAGGGAAAUUCCGAUGAAGACAGAAUAUCCGAUAUUCCAAAAUCGACAGGAAUGAGUAAGGAGAAAAAAAAACGCAAGUUGGGUUCGGCAAAGGCAGUUUGGCUUCAAAAGAUCGCUAAAGUCGAAUCAAAUAACGAUGGUGCUAUUUGCGCAAGAGGUGCUUUAGGUAGAAAAUCAAAUUUAAAGAAGAAACCAGAAAUAGAAAUUCAUUCAGAUAGUAAUAAUUUGACGCCGGAUAUCUCAGAUAUUUCUAAAACUUCUACGUCAAAGAGACCUGUUCAAAAUUCAAAAGUGUUAGAUAUUAAGAAAGAGGCUAAGAUAACUACUCAAUAUAAAACAUUUCCCGGAAUGAGUAAAGCCGACGAAUUAAAGGACAGUUGCGAAAGAGUUGGCAGGAAACUUCUGGAACGUAAGAGGAUCUACGAUAGAUACGCAGAGAGUGAAACUGGAUCAGAGAGAACAGCUGAUGUUGUAGAGAAUUUUCAAUGUAACAAUGAAACAGACUAUUUUAACAGUGAAAUACUAAAAUUCGAUUCCAGCUCAUCGUAUAUUCUAUCGAAAAAAAUUAAUAUAUUGGGAGCUAACUCUGCAGCUUCCAGAACAAAUAUUACAUAUCCUUCAAAGAACACUUCUUUAAUAUCUAUUGCCGGAAGCGAUAGUGGUUUAAACCAAGGAGGAUUAUCUGUGAAGUAUACCGCUGGUCAAGUUAUCGGAUCUAAUAGUUCAGCUAAUACGACUCAAUCGGAUUGUACCGAUGGCCGUAAGCAAGUAAUAAAACUGGGUCCAACGGUAGACGAUAGCUCAUCCGAUACUUCGUGUAGUUGCCUAUAUGAUAAAUAUAGCGAUGAAACAUUUAAUACGGACUUGAUUGAGGACGAAGCUUUGUUUACAAGCUCCGAUUCAAAUUAUGAUUACUCAUCAUCAAACAAUCCUAUAUUUAGAUGCUAUGAAUUACAUUCGUUACAUGAUAGCUCGGAAAAAUCAAUCACUAGAAAUCUAAGUGAAACUAGCGAGAAUACACCAUAUGAUAACUUGUUUGUGUAAUAUGUUUUCCAUUCAAACAUGUGAUGUUCGAAUUAAAGUAUUCUUGAUAACUGAUAAAAUAAAUUUCUUAUCACUAAAUUCUAUUUGUAGAAUGUUCUCUUACAAAGAAAAAUACAUUUCCAGCUAAAACAGCCUUUUUUUAUUCUGUAAUAUUUUUAAAUAUAUAAGCGGGAGUGCAACCCAUCGGAAAUGCAAAUUUUGACCAGCAGAGGACAGUAGCUAACAGUCACUAUAGAUG